GGAGUUUCCUGGGAUUCCAACUGCACAAAAAAGCACAAGGAAUGGGGGUUUUCCGUGUUUCAUUGCAUGGAACCAUGAAAUCUGAUGCUGUUAAUGUUCUGACUGCAAUUGUGCCUCUAUUGAAACUACUAUCUAUGACUGUCAUUGGUCUGAUUCUUGCCCACCGGAAAACGCAAAUUGUCCCCAAAGAGACUUUCAAGUUACUCAGCAAGCUUGUUUUUGCCUUAUUCUUGCCCUGUUUGAUCUUCACUCACCUUGGUCCAUGCAUUACUCUCGAGAGUGUCAUUCACUGGUGGUUCAUCCCCGUAAAUGUUGUUCUUAGUACUGCCAUUGGCUGCGUAUUGGGGUUCUUGGUGGCAAUAAUUUGCCGGCCACCACCUGAAUACUUUCGAUUCACCAUCAUCAUGACUGCAUUCGGAAACACAGGGAACCUCCCUCUGGCAAUAGUUUCAUCAGUUUGCCACAAUACUGCUAACCCAUUUGGUCAGGAAUGUUACGCCUCCGGUGUGGCUUAUGUAUCCUUUUCCCAAUGGGUUGCUGUUAUACUUGUUUACACUCUUGUUUACCACAUGAUGGAGCCCCCAUUGGAGUAUUAUGAGAUCAUUGAAGAAGGAGAGCCUGAAAUAGAGGAGGUAGUGCCUGCUGCUGAUGAUCUUAGUAGGCCGCUUCUUGUUGAAGCUGAAUGGCCGGGGCUCGAAGAUAAGGAAACCGAACAUUGCAAGACACCCUUUAUUGCAAGGCUUUUCUACAGCAUCUCGGGCAUCUCACAAACAACUAUUCCGGAUCUUGAUUCAGUGGAUGAAGGUCCUAGAAGUACCAAGUCAAUUAGAUGUUGGGCAGAGCCUAGGAUGAUUAGAAAAAUCAGAAUUGUUGCUGAGAAAACUCCAAUUCAUCACAUACUUCAGCCACCAACAAUCGCUUCACUGUUAGGGAUUGUUAUAGGACUGGUUCCUACACUUAAAUCUUUGGUUUUUAGUGAUGAUUCUGUGGUUUCUUUUAUCACAGACAGUUUAGAUUUUAUGGCUGGGGCAAUGGUGCCUUCAACUAUGCUUGUUCUUGGAGGAAUGCUUGCUGAAGGUCCCAAUGAAUCUAAUUUAGGGAUCCGAACUACAAUUGGCAUCAUUGUAGCAAGACUUUUAAUUCUUCCUUUACUUGGAAUUGGGGUCAUUCUAUUGGCUGAUAAGCUGAAUAUUUUGGUCCCCGGGGAUAACAUGUACAGAUUCGUGCUUUUGCUGCAAUACACAACACCAAGUGCCAUCUUAUUAGGGGCAAUCGCAAGCUUGAGGGGUUAUGCAGUGAAUGAGGCAUCGGCUCUCCUCUUCUGGCAGCAUGUGUUUGCUCUGUUCUCCCUUUCAUUGUAUAUAAUUCUGUACUUCAACGUGUUAUUUCCUUAUAUCUAAGCUAUGUCCUGACUUCUGUUUUUAACUUUAUGAAAUACAUAUUUCCUGAUUU